AUGCAUGGACAAGGAAUGCCGCAAGAUUUGCUCUUCAGACCAUGGUCCAGAAAUAGCCAUUCCAUCUUUCACACAUUUGUGGAGGAGAUGCCCCGUGUGCCAAAAUCUCUAGGCCCAGAGAAAAAGACGGGCGUUGAUACGCCUGUCGCUUCUCGUUCCGACGAGCUGAGCGGCGAUCCUGAUGGCUUUGCCGGGCGGUUGAAGUCAAGGUUGGGGGCAUUCAUUGACUCCAUGGAACGACGAGUCUUUGUCUCUGUUGACUCGCAGAUCCACACGGCAGCUAUGGCCUCCAAAAUUUGCAUGGCAGGCAGCGACUUGCUUCAGCAUGAUGAUAAGAAGGCGACCAUGAGAGUGGACGAGAUUCUCCAGUCUGAAGGCAGAUCUCAGAUGAAAGGUCUCAAUUGGCAACUCCAGUACCAGCUCACCUAG